UGCUUGCUGUAACAUGAGAUUAACCGUGGUAACAAUAUGUGUCUAUAUCUCUCCAAUCUCCAUACGGAACAGCUAUGCCACUCAAGCUGUGCAUCCCUGUCUCUCUCCAAUUUCUUCAAUUUUUCAGAAAAGAAUCCCCGAUUUCUUCAACCCUAGGGCUGGCAGUCGAUGUUGGCCUGUUCAUGCGGCUACCCGGCCUGCCUAAACUUGUAGCCGUGGGGCCGACAAAGACAGACAGGAUCUUUUACGGUUAAUUGAUUUAAAUAUCAAAUGUCCAUACUACCCUUAGAAAUCAACGGCAGUAUAGGUACCAUAAAAAAACUCUUUAUUUUGCAAGCAGAUGAUAAACAAAGCAUCUACGGAUUGAGGAUGUUAGUAUACUACUCGAAUCAAUCGAGUGUAAAACCUCCUUGAAUCCUUGACUUCGACCUUCUUAUCGCAAGCACGUUGAUCCAAAUCUGAAAGCACUCAACACCGCUCGCAAGCCAAGCCAGCACCGUUUCACCAUGGAAUUCUCCUUGGCCUCAUCCCUUCCCCUUCUCUUCCUCCUCCUACUCCCUCUCCUCUACUUCCUCUACCUUCACCGCGACCCCAAGAAGCAGCCUCAGGCCAAUGGGCUCAAGGUGUACCCGAUCCUCGGCACGCUGCCGCACUUCGUCAAGAACCAGGACCGGUUCCUGGAGUGGUCGACGGCCGUGAUGCAGAGCAGCCCCGUGCACACCAUGUCCUUCAAGGUGCCCGGCCUUACCGGCGGCGCCAUCACCGCCGACCCGGCGUGCGUGGAGCACAUACUCAAGACCAACUUCGGGAACUACCCCAAGGGCGAGCUCACGGUGUCCAUGCUGGAGGACUUCCUGGGCCACGGCAUCUUCAACUCGGACGGCGAGCAGUGGCUGUGGCAGCGCAAGGCCGCCAGCUACGAGUUCAGCAAGCGCUCGCUGAGGAACUUCGUGGUCGACGCCGUCCGCUUCGAGGUCCUGGAGCGGCUCCUGCCGUUGCUGUCCAGGGCGGAGCUGGACGGGCAGACGCUGGACGUGCAGGACGUGCUGGAGCGGUUCGCGUUCGACAACAUCUGCCGCGUGGCAUUCGGCGAGGACCCGGCCUGCCUCGGGGAGGAGAGCAUGGCCAGCGGGGAGUUCAUGAGCGCGUUCAACGACGCGCAGAACACCAUCAUGGCACGGUUCAUGUCGCCGGCCAAGUGGCUGUGGCGCGUCAAGAGGGCGCUGAACAUGGAGCCCGAGAGGCGGAUGCGGUCGGCGCUCGCCGCGAUCCACGGCUACGCCGACAAGAUCGUCCGCGAGCGCAGGGAGAGAGGAGAGGCCGGGCUGGUGUCCAGGGACGACUUCCUGUCGCGCUUCGCCGCGGCCGGCGAGCAGUACAGCGACGAGAGCCUCCGCGACGUGGUGACUAACUUCAUCCUGGCCGGCCGAGACACAACCUCCUCCGCGCUCACCUGGUUCUUCUGGCUGCUGUCCACCCGCCCCGACGUGGAGGGCAAGCUGGUGCGCGAGAUCCGUGCCGUGCGCGCCCAGAACGCGCACGGCGUGGGCGCGACGACGUUCAGCUUCGACGAGCUGCGCGAGAUGAGCUACCUCCACGCGGCCAUCACGGAGUCCAUGCGGCUGUACCCGCCGGUGUCGGCCGACACGCACAGCUGCAAGGAGGACGACUUCCUCCCCGACGGCACGUUCGUCGGCAAAGGGUGGCUCAUGACCUACUGCGCCUACGCCAUGGCGCGGCUGGAAUCCGUGUGGGGCGAAGACUGCGAGGAGUUCAGGCCGGAGCGGUGGCUGGACGAGGAAGGCGCGUUCCGGCCGGAGAACCCGUUCAAGUACCCGGUGUUCCACGCCGGGCCCCGGAUGUGCCUCGGCAAGGAGAUGGCCUACAUACAGAUGAAAUCCAUCAUGGCGUGUGUGCUCGAGAGGUUCAGCCUCGUCUACGUCGGCGGCGAGGGCCAUCCCAAGCUCAUCAUGUCGCUGACGCUAAGGAUGGGAAGCGGGUUGCCGAUGCAGGUCAAGAGCAGGGAGAGCUAGUCCUUUCGUUCGUGGUCUUCUGUACUGCUUUUGUUGUGUUUCUCGCUUUACUACGAUCCGGGGAAUAAAUCUUCAGUUUUUGUUUUUUGUUGAUGUAACAUUGCACUUAGCUAGCACAUCGGUGUGCAUCACAUGCUGGAAAGGUAGAAGGAAUGGCACGCUUGUCUUGUCUUGUUCAGAUGGCCGACCCAGUGAUACAUUGGUUCAGAAUGGCACUUCGAUCAAUAACAGAUUAUUCGAAUCCUUUCAUUGCUA